AUGAGUCUUUCUUUGACUUGGAACCAUCUUGUUCUUCUCGGUUACUUUCACAAAUCGCCACACUGUAGAAUAUCGAUCCAGAUGACUCGGGUUGACGACCAUGUUGUCCGUCGGAAAUUCCAGCAUAUGCUCCAGCCUACUUUCCAGCCAUUUCCUUUCACCUCGCUCGCUGUAGAGCUGGUCAUGCAGAUACUAGGGUAUGCCGUCACUACCGGGCAAUCAACAUACCGCGCACUCCUCUUGACGAAUCGCCAAAUCUAUGACUGGAUCCGCCUCGAAAUGCUGCCGAAGGUCGCCGUCGUUCUCAAGUCCAAGGAACAACUACAGGCGUUUGACUACUAUCUCGACAAACGCGGCGCUCAAGUCAUCCCACGCAUUCGUGCUCUUUGGACGAUCUGUCCUGGUUCUGGUCAUGAUAUAAGCACACUCGGUGUUUCCAUCAUCCAGCGCUGUAUCCACAUUCGCUCUCUCGCCUGCCCUCCCUAUAUCUUGCAGAGACUUCUAAGCGGACGAACGCUAAAACACAAAGAAUGUGUCUCCCUCACCUUGUUCCAAUACCGCGCUUACUGGGCCGGAUCGAUGACCGAUACCGCAUUCAAAGCUUUUAUGAAUCAGCUUGAGCACCUAUAUUUCAUCGGCGCAUUGGAACAAAAUCACUGGUCCCCCAAUUCCAUUGUGCCAAAGCUCGACAAGGUCAAACGCAUAUCGAUUGCCAUAGGAUCAGAUCCUCAACUGCGGCCUGAGGCAUUGGUGAAUCUCCUCGAGUCACCAAAGCUCCAACAAGUGGUUGUCACAUCGCACCUCCAUAGUGAUGAACAUUCGAGUCUUGUUACCCAGGCAUCCACUAUCGACCACCGCAUUAUGAUCAUGCAUCGUCGGAGACGGUGGAAGGAGCACAACAUCUGGCAAGAUGGUAUUCAUGAUCCUGACUGCUUCUGGAAGCAAGCUGCAGCUGAAAAAGACCUUCCGCCUCCCGCGCUCCAUAGCAAUUAUUUUCCUCCUAGCACAUGA